CAUGAAUAAGGUUCUGAUAUAUCGGCAAUCAGGGAUUUUUCUCUCCCAGUGAACUGGUCUAACACGAUAACUAAGUCUGUUGAAAAGACAUUGGGGAGAAUUCGAUCCUCAUAACAUGAAUUGACAACUCCUACAUAUUAUGGUCGAUUUCAAUAGGGCCAUCUCAGAGAUCCCUAUAGAUGAUUUGGCGAAAUUCGCUUUCUGGAGUAGGAUGUGGGAUUUUUAAAACGGAACACCAUCCAGCCAACAACUUAUCGGGUCUUCCAUAGCACUGGAGAAGCUGAUUCGCUGGAAACACAGAGAGGAUAAAACGGAUCGAAAUCGUUAUUCUACUAUAUCUAGAGAGCUGAUACAAGAAGCGAUGGACUCUCCAUAAAUUUACUGUGAAAAUUUAUUUACGCUUGCGGAAUGUGAAGGGUAAAACACGAAGCAAAAUGUGGAAUGCAAGUUUAGCAACACCCAAGUUUAUAAUCACCCAUGCUAACAUCACUAGAAAUUUCAACAUAAACGGCUAAGUAUUUUUCAUGUAGGAAUAUUAAGCUGGAGGGAAACUCAAGCUUCAGGCUAAAAAGAAAAUAUAUUGACAAAUCUACUUAUGAUACCCAAUGAUCACAUCACAUAAAUCUUUGAGUAAUUGAGGAUCUGCAUCGCUUCUCGGCUCUCUGAGCUAAGAUCAUGUGUAGUAUCUGUUCUUUGCAGUGUAAGCAAGUAAUGAGCUGAUGCUAUAUUAGCUCCUGUCUUGGUUCUCUUCCUAGUAGGUCGUAAGCAAGAAGUAAGAAUAAAUUCCAAGUGCUCCAUCUGGAGACCAGUACUUAGUGGAGUACCCCAAGGUUCCGUCCUAGGUCCUUUACUUUUUAUAAUGUACGUUAAUGAUCUUACAAGUAUAGUACAGUCUCCAAUGUUAUUAUACGCUGACGAUGUAAAAAUUUGGCGAGUUAUAACUGGAGACAAAGACGCAUUUACUCUUCAGGCGGACUUAAAUAAUAUGAUAAACUGGUCUAAAGAGUGGCUAAUGCCUAUCAACUCGGAAAAGUGUGUCUACAUGCACUUGGGGGAUUCAAAGGUUAAAACGUACAACAUAGGGGAUGUGUCAUUACCCGUAGUCCGGUCUCAUAAGGACCUAGGGGUGACAGUGAGCAAUGAUCUUAAGACGACGGCCCAUUGCCGGGAGGUCGCAGUUAAGGGGUUUCGAACCCUCUGGGCUUUAAAAAGGACAUUCACUAAGCUUGAUACUACCAUGUUCACCACAUUAUACACAUCCUUAGUGAGAACUAAGUUAGAGAACUGUGUUCAGGCUGCAAGCCCCUGUUUAAAAGGUGACUCAGACAUACUAGAAAAGGUACAGAGGGCAGCUACGCGUGCAAUUCCGGAACUCCGGGGUUUAUCAUAUAAAGAGCGGCUUGAAAAACUGAACCUCUUUACUCUGUCCUAUCGCAGACUAAGGGGAGAUCUAAUAUUGAUGUACAGAACACUAAGAAAUGAUUUCGGACCUAACUUAUUCUCCCUCUUCCUUCCCACUAGAUCGGGACACCUCAGAGGACAUAGCAGGCGAGUAGAAAAGCCAAGAACGAACAAAAUACCCGUGGCAUACAGGUUUUCACACCGAGUCAUCAAUACUUGGAACCUGCUGCCUGAAGCAGUGGUAUCCGCACCUUCAAUUGACACUUUCAAGAGGAGACUGGACACACACAUAAGCAUACUAGAAAAGGAAUAACACAGGCCGUAGGCCUUCUGUCCAUACUACACAAAUCUGAACCUGAUUGUGUCAAAAGCAAGUCAUUAGUGAACAGGAGUAUUGGGCUACGUAUACCGUACACUAAAUUAAAUAGUUCUCGAAGCAAGCGUCGGGACCAAUGCAAAUAUCGUCAACAUGAAGUAGUUGUUAAUGGAUACUUAACAACAUGGACGAUAUAAUGCGGCUUACUGAAUUUAAACCCCAGC